AUGGCUUCAGAAGAAGCAUCUCCAGCGCUGGGACCGGAAGUGACUGUGAACCCUGGUGCCUCCAUGUCUCCUUUCUCGGCACUGCCCUUUCCUCCACCCACUCCUGGUCCCCCACACCGACUACCCUGGCGGCAGCACCCACCACCCCUCAUGACCCCAUCAUUCCCUCCUGACAGCCCCCUGGUGCAGCUGGCUUUCCCCAGGACACCUUUGGUGGCUGCCAGUGGCCACAGCCCAGGUGGGACUGGGGCUUGCAACGUCAUUGUCCAAGUCAGGUCAGAAGGAAGGCCAGAGGAGCCCCCCCAGACACAGAACUUUGUCCUUACCCAGGCCCCCCUCAACUGGAGUGCUGCAGGGGCCCUCUGUGGGAAUGCUGCAUACUCUGCACCGCUAUUCUUGGCAGCCUCUAUGGUGGAGACCACUAUGCCCACCCCAGCUGUUGGGGCCACCCCUGCUGGCAAGGGAGGCUGGUCCCCAGGCCUUCCUCCUCAAGCUCCACCACCAGCUGCCCAGCUGGCCUCCAUCCUCACUCCAGUGAACGCUGGGCCACAGCCCCAUGGGGCUUCCAGGGAGGGCGGCCUGGCCACCACCCCAUCCAAGGCCUCACUGGGUGACUCCUGUAACGCCAAGAGUGUUUAUGAGAACUUCCGACGCUGGCAGCACUUCAAGUCCCUGGCCUGGAGGCACCUUCCUCAGAGUCCUGAUACAGAAGCUCUUUCCUGCUUCCUCAUCCCAGUGCUUCGGUCCCUGGCCCGCCUGAAGCCCGCCAUGACGCUAGAGGAGGGACUGUGGCGGGCCGUGCAGGAAUGGCAGCGCAAGAGCAACUUUGACCGGAUGAUCUUCUACGAGAUGGCGGGAAAGUUCAUGGAGUUUGAGGUGGAGGAGGAGAUGCAGAUUCAGAAGCUGCAGUGGAUGAAGGGGGUGCACGGUGUGCCUCCUCCAGCCCCACCGAGGCCUGAUCCUCGGGGGCCCCCUGCCCCAGAGGUGGGCCCACAGCCAGCGGCCUCAGCCUGUGUGCCCAGGAAGGCCGGCCCCAGGGCCCAGCCUGCCCGCCCGCAGCCACACAGACCUCUGCGGCGCCUGGAGAGCAGGGCACCCAAGGAGAUCCCCCCUGAGGCCGUGAGAGAGUACAUGGACAUCAUGGAGGGGAUGGUGGGGCCGGCCAGAGGACGGAAAGAGGACGGAAACGAGCCACAGCAGGAAGAGGGCGGGACCUACCCGGACCCCCGUCUCCUGAGCUACAUUGACAAGCUGUGUUCCCAGGAAGACUUCAUCACCAAGGUGGAGGCGGUCCUCCACCCCCGAUUCCUGGCAGAAUUGCUUUCCCCAGAACCACAGCUGGAUCCCUUGGCCCUGGCUGAGGAGCUGGAGCAGGAGGAAGGACUCACUCCUGAGCAGCUGGUACAGAAGCGACUCCUGGCCUUGGAGGAGGAGGGGAGUGUGCCGGCACCCCCGAGUCACAGCGCACCCUCACUGGACUCCAGUCCUGAGUCUGAGGCCGGCCAAGGUGCACAUGACCACGGCCCCCAGCUGGGGGUCAGUGAUGAAGCCCGCCCGCCAGAGACUGACUGUGACGACCCUCAAAGGCAUGGCCAAGCAAACACCGACCUGUCCAGGCCUGAAGCCUUGGCUCUCUCUCCAGGACGUCAGGAGUCCCCUCCACUCUGGGCUGGACGGCCCUCCUCUCCCCACCAGGCUCCAAGGUGCACUCCCCCUAGACUGGGACCCAGGGAUGCCUCCAUUCUCGGGGAGGCCUCUCCUGCCAGGGAGAAGCACGGGCCGGCGGACGGGUCCAGCGAGGACGAGGAUGACCUGCCCAGCCUGGCCUUCCUCCUGGCCUCUCAGCACAGCCUGCUGCCCUGGCGGCUCUCUCAGAGUCCUGCCCCUGCCUCAGGCCUUCUCUGCCCUGCAGGCCAGGGGGCCUGUGGAGCCCCCCAGGCCCUGUCCUCUCAGAGAUUAGGCCUCAGCCCCGCUCUGCCUCCAGCAGCCAAGUCUUGGAAGCGCCCUGUACGUGGAGGCCCAGCCCCUGCUGAGAAGACACCCCUCCCAGGGGCCGACCUCGGGGUCUCUGGGAGGCCAGCCUUGGCUCUGGGGCUGGUUCGCCCCUCACAGCCACAAAAGAGAAGGUGCGCCCCGCCUGUCACGGGGAGGAGGAGGUAGCGGC